AUGAGUAAUCAAUCUGUAAAUGAUGAAGAUCAACAGGAAUUAAAACGAAAACAACGACAUCUUCCUUCUGAACUUUUAACAAAAAUCUAUUAUCCUGAUACAUUAUAUCCAGAUAAUUAUACAUUCUUUACAGACCGAGAAUCUUCACAAGCACGAUCUUCAUACACAGAUGCAGAUGCCAAUGAUCAAAAUUCAACUACGGAUUCUUUAAGACCCUCAACAUUUCCCAUUGCAAUUCCUAGUCAAACAACAGUUGAAAUCGAAACACCUGGCAAUCAAAGAAAACAUACAGUUAAGUGUUUCAUGUGGCCUCAAAAAAAUGUAUUUUUCGUCAAGCCUCAAUGCUAUAACACACAAUCGCACACCAGCUGA